UUCUCUUAGAGUUUCCCCCCCAAGGUUUAGCUUUGCAUCGUUUCUCCCUGUUUCGGUUCCUGAUCGACGGUACUUGACAGGGAUACUACUCUUUUAGGAAUAUAAUAUUGGCUCCCUCCCCGGAUCCCUCGUGCGCAAAAACUGCUGGUUCACAAUCGACUUCCUUCUUACUGUUGCUCUAUAUACACAUAUUUACUCAACUUAUCAACCGACGGGUGAUCGCUAGUUCUCCCGGUCACUAUGCGCACCGAGGCGUGAUCGAUCUGCUCGCUACCCGAUCGCCCUCCUUCCUCCCUUCUUCCACCAGUUCUCGAAAUGCACCUUUGGGGCCUAUUGGCUCUCACCGGUGCGAUCUGGUCAGCGCGGACCGAGGCGUCCUCUGGUUUAUCGACGAGCAGCGCGGAACAGCAUUACGGCAAGGUCGUCAAUCACGACGACCCGGACCCCUUGUGGGACAAGUACGGCUUAAACAAAUCCGAGGAGUUCAAGUAUUUCCAUGAACCAGGCCAUGAUGAUACUCUCGGCCACUAUGAUUCCCGCUACUUUACCGAACCCGUGGCCGACGAGGAACGGCCGCAGACAAUGACCCAUAUGGUGCGCGCCUACUUGAAUUUCUUCGACGAAAAUGGAUUAGAGACGUGGAUCGCACAUGGGACGUUGCUGGGAUGGUGGUGGAACGGCAAGGUCAUGCCCUGGGACUGGGAUAUGGAUACUCAAGUACCGGAUACCACCUUGCGUCAGCUUGCCGACCGCUAUAACCAGACGGUCGUCCGAUACUCGACCAAACAUCCCGAUGAACAACGGACCUACCUCCUCGACAUUAACCCCUGGGCUCGUCAACGCGAGAAUGGCAUGGGAUUGAAUAUCAUCGAUGCGCGAUGGAUAGACAUGCAAACGGGACUCUAUAUCGAUAUCACCGGGUUGAGUAAGAUGAACCCGGAGAAGCCGAACCUAUGGAUAGACAAACACGAGCACCAGUACAGGACGGAGGAUAUCUAUCCCCUCCGGAAGACCACCUUCGAAGGGGUUGCGGCCAAAGUACCCUUUGAGUACGAUGCGAUUCUGAUCGAGGAAUACGGGAAGACUGCCUUGACCAGCACGCAUUUCCAUAACCAUACGUGGAUUCCCGAAUCGGAGGAAUGGAUCCCCGAUGAUCAAGUGGCUGAUGCCAUCGACGACGAUAAACAGUACGAGUAG